AUGCCCAAAUCAAAACGACCGCCGACUUCGGGCUAUGCCCGCAUAGCCCAGGCCGAGGAGGAGGAAGACGACUCUGGCAGCGACUUCGAGGGUGAACACCACCAGAAUCCCCUAUCCAAUGCGCAGUACGCCCCGAUACAGCCACAGCGGAAUUCGAAUAUGCGCAUGAACGGCUCCGGCGCGAACUCGCCAAACCACAAGAAGAGUUCUUCUGGGCGACGGCAACGUGCCAAUUCCGGCGUUGACAUCAAGGCCAUCAAUGCGCGAUUCGAGCGAUGGGCCGACGAGAUUGCGCAGAAAUUCAAGAUGAAGAAGCAGAAAGACUCGGCGGAAGAUGAGACGCUUGAGAUCCACCACUCCGUCUUCCAGGCGCCCGACUGGGUGCGACCAGCGACGGCAGAGUCGCUCACCUUCGACUAUGACGUUCCCUCUGAUCGCCUGACGAAACUCGAAUUCGACGACAUCGUGGAAAGCGUUCGGACGGCAAUCGAAAUGGACGUGCAUCCUCUGCUGAUCACACAAGGCAGCUCGGGCAGCUACUUCGCUCGAACUACACAGGGCAAGGUCGUGGGCGUCUUCAAGCCCAAAGACGAGGAGCCCUACGCGUCAAGAAACCCCAAAUGGACCAAGUGGAUACACCGCAACCUCUUUCCCUUCUUCUUCGGUCGCGCCUGUCUCAUCCCCAACCUGUCCUACAUCUCCGAAGCCGCCGCCUACGUCCUCGAUACCCAGCUACGCACCAACCUUGUACCCUACACCGACGUCGUCGGUCUUUCCUCCAAAUCUUUUCACUACGACUUCUGGGAUCGGCGCGCAUACUACAGGAAAAGGAAGCCAUUCCCGGAAAAACUUGGGAGUUUCCAGGUGUUCUUAAAGGGCUUCAAGGACGCGAACAUCUUCUUGAAGGAGAACCCAUGGCCAGAUCAGCACAACACAGGCUACAGCGCUGAUAGAGCGGCACGCAAGAAGAAGCGAAGAUGGGCUGAGGACUGCAGACCCAAUGGCUCGCAAUCAGACGGCGAGGAUGAUGACGAAGUAUCCGGGAACGGAUCCACACAACACCAACGGAGGGGCUUCUGGACGCCUGCCAUACAGCAGUCCUUCAGAGAGCAACUGGAGAAACUGGUGAUUCUCGACUACAUUAUGCGAAACACCGACAGAGGCCUAGACAACUGGAUGAUCAAGAUCGACCAGAAGACACAGCAGGCAACCAUCGUCGCAGAGCCGCCCAAGAUGGAUGGCGAUGUGGACGACGAUGACCAUCAACCAAGCGAUUACACGAGGCAGUCGAUGGAGCAGUCCGGACUAGACCCGUACGGGCGAAGGGAGCCCAUGACCACGACUAGCCGGUCCAACACACCCAUGCAGAGUGGGCCAACGCCUACAGUGACUAUCGGUGCCAUUGACAACAGUUUGUCGUGGCCCUGGAAGCACCCCGAUGCUUGGCGCAGCUAUCCCUUCGGUUGGCUCUUCCUACCCGUCUCGCUCAUCGGCCAGCCCUUCUCCGAAGCCACUCGCCGCCACUUCCUCCCCCUCCUCACUUCGAAACAAUGGUGGAGUGAUACACAAUCAGCACUCCGCAAGUGCUUCUCGCAAGAUGCCGACUUCAAAGAGCGCAUGUACGCUAAACAGAUCGCUGUCAUGAAGGGACAAGCAUGGAACGUAGUGGAGACGCUCAAGACACCUGAUUUGGGACCACUUGAGCUUACAAGAAGGGCGCGUGUAUGCGUGUGGGAUGACAUUGUGGAGAUACCAAUCGCUGUGCCACUGCGGGCUCCGUCCGCGGAGAUGCGAAGAAAACAGACGCCAGGUAGACAGUCACGGUUACAGGAAGAGCAUGAAGAGAUGGACAUCACAGCUGUAUCGACGCCACCACAGAAGCCCCAGCAAGACCUGCUCAUGAACUCGCCGCCGUUAGAAACAGCGCACGAAAAUCGCUUCAAUCUCACGCGCGGCUCUUCCUCCCUCGACGUGCGACGUCCUGAUAAAGGCCCUGAAUCGCCAGCAACAGUGAGCGAUGUGUACUGGGGCUCGCGCAACCUGAACCCUCAUUCAAAUGGACGCCCUGCGCACCAGUCGCGAAUGAGUUACGAUGCGCCUCGCAGGAACACACGCGACUCACGACACCAUAGACGAUUCUCACUAACGAACAGAAGAGACGUUGAUGACUAUGGCUUUGACGAUGACGGCGAUCUAGGAUAUGCCGCGAAUGAAGAUAUGGAAGGAAACAGGAAAAAGGUCAUUGUGGAACGGUUGGAGAUGGUCAAGGGAAGGAAUCCGGUGUUUACUUGGUGUUGA